AUGGGAGAAGCUGCCAUAAGAGCACCAGAUAUCUCACUAGAGGACCUUGCUAGUUUCCAUGCCGCCCAUUUCGACGCGACGUCUGUGAACCACUUCUCGACACACUUUCUGGGUCCUGUCGAAGAAGAAUAUGCAGAGGAGAUAGAAGAAGAUGAGCUGGGGUAUUACGCAGAUGGAGUGAAGCGUACCCUUACGGACAGUCAAAUUGCGAUCUUUCGACAUUCCGAAAUUCAAGCUUUACUACGCGACCGAAGACGUGCUGAGGAAGCGAGGCCAUCCAGUUUUGAAGGACAUAAUGAUAAGGAACGGUUCGAAGAAGGCGAGCUCGGGGACAACAACGUACUGGAGGUUGCUACACCUCCGCCGUUGGAGAACGAGCAAAAGUUGAGCAGGAAAGCAAGAAAAGCACAACAAGCAAAACAGAAAGGCUUCUUCAAGCAGAAGAUAAAACCUGAUUUGAGAAAGAGGACGUGGGACAAGGUAGAUUCGGGAAUGGAAAGCCUGGAUUAUGACGAACAGAGUAGCGGCGCUCUUGCCACGAACCAACCAUCGCAGAGGAGGAAGAUCUCUUACGACGACUAUGAAGGUUGA